AGAGAGGAUGAGAUCACAGCCAUACAAGAGCUCUCACAGACCCUCUUCCCCAAUCCCGGUUUUAAGCUUUCGGUUUCCAUAAUUUACAGAGCGAAAAACUCGAGAAAGUCUCUUUAGUUGGUAUGUUUUAAUGUAACAGCUUUACUAGCGGAGUAUCUGGAACAUGGACGAUUCAAAUCAUCAGACCAUCUCAAGAAGAAGAAUGGAGCUUGGACUUGUACCUCAAAGGGGAUUUUGGUCAUUACUCUUCCUUGCCUUCCUUCUCCCAUGCAUGAACUGCAUAGGAAUCGAUUCUCCCGCCUUAGGAAAUGAGACAGAUCGAGUCACCUUGAUCGCAUUCAAGGAUAGGAUAUCCGACAAUCCUUUCCGGGUCUUCAGCUCAUGGAAUGAUUCCCUCCAUUUCUGCAACUGGGAAGGAGUCACAUGCAGUCGCGAGCAUCCUCAAAGGGUUAUCUCCUUGAAUCUUGGGUCCCACUGAUUGCUGGGGCCCAUAUCACCUCAUGUAGCAAACCUCACCUUCCUGAGAAGUAUCAACCUCUCGAGCAACAGCUUCCAUGGAGAAAUCCCACGUGAAAUCGGCCAGCUCUCCCAGCUUCGAGAUCUUGAUCUGAGUGAUAAUAUGCUGCAAGGAGGAAUCCCCAACUAUCUGUCCAACUGCUCAGAACUCAGAUCCAUCCUUUUAGAUCAAAACGAACUCAUGGGGAGAAUUCCGGUUGAGCUUAGCUCACUUUCAAAGCUCGUGUCAUUGAAUCUUGGCCGUAACAAUCUCAUCGGCAACAUCCCACCACCACUCGGGAUCCUCUCAUCUCUUGUUUCUCUCUAUCUACAUUAUAACAGUUUCGAAGGAAGCCUCCCUGAUGAGCUAGGACAGCUAGUGAAAUUACAAAAUCUUGAGACAUAUUCAAAUAAACUGUCUAGUCUGAUCCCACCAUCACUUUGCAACCUCUCAUCCAUCGUUAAUUUCUCUGUGGCAAUUAACUGACUUCACGGAAACCUUCCAGCCAAUCUAGGUCUCACCCUUCCUAAUCUCAAAUAUCUUCACCUUUCAGAAAAUGCAUUUACUGGACUGAUACCAGUUUUGUUACCCAAUGCUUCAAGACUUACUGUUAUUAAUUUUGCUAAUAAUAAUUUUAGCGGACCCGUGCCUGAAAAUUUGGGAAGAUUGCAGGAUCUCUAUAUCCUAUUUGGACUUGGUAAUAAUCUUGGAGGUGGAGAAGGAGACCAUGACUUGAGUUUCCUCACUUCUUUGACCAAUUGCAGUCAUUUGAAAGUACUAGAGCUCCAUUCAAAUCGACUGAGAGGAGAACUUCCUGCCACCAUUGUCAAUCUCUCUACCCACCUAUCAAUACUAGGGUUAGGAGAACCCAAUAUCUGGAAGCAUCCCAACAGAUAUUAGCAAUCUCUUCAACUUAAAUAGGUUUGAUUUAUAUAGGAGCUUUGUCAAGGGUAUUAUUCCUAUUGGUGUUGGGAAGCUUCGAAAUUUGGAGGGAUUGUAUUUGUACAGCAACAGACUUUCAGGACAAAUCCUAUCAUCCAUUGGCAACAUCACUCGGUUGGUUAAACUCUAUUUAGAUGGAAAUUGUUUGCAAGGAAGCAUCCCUUCUAGUCUGGGAAACUGUCGUCAUCUUGAAACAUUGGUUCUUGGUAGAAACAAGCUGAAUGGCACCAUACCCAAAGAAAUUUUAAGUAUUCCUUCCCUGGUCACACUUAAUAUAGACCAGAAUUCUUUGGUUGGAUCUCUACCACCGGUCGUUGGCAACUUGGAACUACUUCAAUAUUUGUUUGCUGCUGACAACAAAUUGAUGGGUGAAAUUCCUAGUGAGAUAAACAAUUGUCUGAGCCUUGAAGUCCUUAAUUUGAGCAAUAACUUGUUUCAAGGGGCCAUUCCUCCGGGCUUGAUCAACUUAAAAGGUAUUAAACUGCUAGAUCUUUCUCAUAAUAAUUUGUCUGGGCAUAUUCCAGAAGCUCUACAGAAAUUUCCAUUUCUGGAGUACUUGGACUUGUCAUCCAAUGAUCUUGAAGGCCAAGUCCCAACUCAAGGGGUUUUCAAAAAUUCGAGCAAAUUUUCGAUCCUUGGAAACAACAAGCUUUGUGGAGGUAUCCCACAAUUAUGGUUGCCAGUGUGCCCAAAGAAAGCUCCCAAGAAACAUGGAAUGCCUAUUUCUCUGACAGUAAUAUUCUCCAUGGUCGGUGCAGUUUUAGGUUUGAUUCUUUUAUCAUUUCUCUUUGCUACUGUUUUCCGGGUGAGAAGAAAGGCCAGCAAGAGGACUUUGCCUGCCUUUUUCUUGGAGGGCCAAUUUUUAAAUGUUUCUUAUGUGGAUCUCUUUAAAGCAACUGGUUGCUUCUCUUUGGAUAAUUUGAUUGGUGUGGGAAGUUAUGGUUCUGUAUACAAAGGACUUCUAGAUCAGGAAUCAAACAUGUAUUGCAGUGAAAGUUUUCAAUCUACAAGAACGUGGUGCUUCUAGGAGUUUCAUGGUCGAGUGUGAAGCCUUGAGAAAUAUCUGGCAUUGGAAUCUAGUUAAAAUCGUUACUGCUUGCUCAAGCAUUGAUUUUAAAGGCAAUGAUUUCAAAGCUCUAGCAUUUGAGUACAUGCCUAAUGGGAGUCUAGAGAAGUGGUUGCAUCCGAGUGUACAUUGGAACCAGGAGUUGUGGAGCUGGAACCUUAUUCAAAGGCUAGAUAUAGCCAUUGAUGUCGCAUCUGCAUUGGAGUAUCUUCAUCACCAUUGCCACAUAUCGGUCAUUCAUCGUGAUCUAAAACCAAGCAAUGUUCUACUGGAUGAUGACAUGCGCGCCCACGUGGGCGAUUUUGGAUUAGCAAGGUUCCUUUCUAAUGCUGCCACUAAUACCUCUCAAGAUCAAACCAGUUCAGCUGGAAUCAAGGGAUCUGUUGGCUAUGUUCCUCCAGGAAAGAGACCAACUGAUGACAUGUUUAAAGAUGGUCUGAGCCUUCAUGAAUUUGCUAAAAUGGCUUUGCCUGAUCAAGUGAUGAGGAUUGCAGACCCAAGUCUGCUCUUAGAAGAAGUUCGAGCAACAUACAACAAUGCAACACUCCCUUGAGUAAAAUGCAAGAGAGCUUGGUUUCUAUAGUUGAAAUUGGCGUCUAAUAUUCUGUAGAAUCUCCAAACAAAAGAAUGAAGACGAGAUAUUGUCGUGGAAAUGCACUCAAUCAGGGAUUUAUAUCUUGGGGUUGGAAUCUACCAAGACAGCCACAAUUGAGGGGCCAAGGUUCAUCUUCUCUUUUGUAAAUCUUGACAUAUUUUGGGUGUUAAAGGGUGGAAGAUAUGUAGUGUAUGGUAAGUUGCAUCAUGUGUUCUACUUAGAUUUUCAGCAUUGUAUUCCUUCUCUCCAGUGAUGCCUAGGAAAGGAUUGUAUUGUAAGAUAUUAUCUUUCUAAGAAAUGAUUUUCCAACUAAAUACUAGAUAUGGAUAGAAUGCAAUGAAUAGAAAAUCGAAGUGGCCAAUGAUUCUAGACUGAAGAUCGUACUGAUUGCAUGAUUUCAAACAUUCCAAAUGCGCACUGGUAUAGAUGGAUCAUAUACUGAAAGUCGUUGAGAUGGAAAGAUCUAACCAUCUGACUGGUGGCUAUCAAUGAAUGGUUAAAAUAAAUCUGCUGUCCAAUUUGGAUCAAAGAGAUUGUUGAGAUCCAUUAGAAAUUGUAUUUAGUCAGAAAAAUAUGUUCCAUCAGGUGCACAAGCUCUCCAUUUGUUUUCUACACCAUGGCCCACCUGAUGAAUUGAGCAGAGAUUUUGGUUAGCACAUUUUGACAGCUGUGCCCACAUUAUGGGUAUUCAGAUUCGGUAUGACCCAUCCAUUACCAACUGGGGUGCUGGAAAAGCUCUUUGGGGUCUACCUGUUUUAUCCAUCUAAUCCGUCCAUUUUGGCAGCUUAUUUUAGGGCAUGAGCGGAAAAAUGAGGCAGAUCCAAAGCUCAAGUGAACCACAUGACAGAAACUGAUGGGGAUGAAUGCUUACUGUUGAAAACUUCUUGAGGGCUGCAGAAGUUUUGGAUCAAGCUGAUAUUUGUGUUUUCACUUCAUCUAGCUUUUGAGUUUGAUGCUGCUGGUGUUGGUUCUGCUGGUCAGCUGGAGUUAAGCACAUACCAUUUUCAGGAGGAUGUAGCUUUUCUAGUUGCAUUUGGGGUUGUUGGCAGGAUUCUUUUGCUAUGCAGAUAGCUAUGUUCCUUUCCUUCUGAAGCUGUAUGAAGUAGUUGGAAAUGAUUUGUGCAAAUGAAGGUAUUCUCAGUGCACGCUUGGUUCAGAUGGCUGCUGGUCUGGUUUUAUCAGUUGUAAGGUAAUUUGCUGCUGCUUUGGAAAAUCUUCUUGGGCUGAUGCUUUCAUAUGAGUGUUUUUGGAAGUUUGCCUUGCUCUUUCUGGGAGGGAUUAUGUUCUGGCAUGGUGUAUUGCCUCUAGGCUGGAGCAGAGGGUCUCUGUUUCUAUGGGCUUCAAUCUUGGAUAUCUAUCUCUGUCGCAUUGGAUGCUUGAUGCUUGGUGUUCAAUCUGUUUCUAGAGUGCCUGUUGAGAAGGGUUGCUGGUUCUAGGAGCUGAGCUGUUGGCCUUGGUGCAAUGUUGCUGGAGGAGCUGAUGCAAUGUUUCUAGAGUGCCUGUUGAGAAGGGAUUAUUAUAUUUCUUAUUUUUUUAUAAUUUACAAUAUGUUGAUUCCCUGUGCAUAAUGGAAAUUUAGUUAAUCAUGAUGACAAGUA